GUUGAGCACCAACUGGGCGCGUCUCCAGGUGGCGGAUAGGAGAUCGGUCAGGAUAUCCUGGCUAGCGGUAGAAAUAAGUAGAGUGAGAGAGCCUGAAAACUCUUAAAAUCUUUUGCGAAGGCUACCGCCGCGGACCAACUCCUCCAAUCUAAGGUGUAAGGUAACGUGCCGAUGGAUGAAUUGUCGCAGGGGUAGAUGCGGCAGCAAACGCUUCUCUGAGGGCACCAGGCGACCCCCUCUUGUAUCUAGCCUUGCCGGCGCACGCGGGGCUCUGCGUCGGUCGACUUUUUUUUCCCUAGCUACUCGUGGGAACACAAUGGAUUCAAACACUAAUAUUAAACCCGAGGAGGCUGGACGGCAACGUUCACCUCCAGCAAAUGAGACUGGACAGCUACGUCCACCUCCUACUAACGAGGCGGAACAACAAACUUCACCUCAUAUAAAGAAGCAUCGCAGAAAGAGGAUCUCCGGUGCUGAAGCCAAACGGAGAAAGAAGGCAAAACUGCAGGCAAGCAACGAUUCAGCAACUGCCGCCAGAUCAAAAUUCCCUCCCUUCAAAUCCAGCCCAAGCGGCCCGAUCAAGUUCUUGGGUAGCGAUGUUAGUUCUGCCUCCGCAAGAGGCCAGGAACACGUUGCAACCAACACAGAACUCCCUCCCUCCAAACCCAGCACAAGCGGGCCAAUCAAGUUCUUGGCUAGCGACGUUAGUUCUGCCUCCGCAAGAGGCCAGGAACACGAUGCAACCAAUACAGAACUCUCACCCUCCAAACCCAGCUCAAGCGGCCCAAUCAAGUUCUUGGACAGCAACGCUAGUUCUGCCUCCAAAAGAGGCCAGGAACGCGAUGCAACUAUGACCAAGAAAACGCGAUUUGACACCUCAUCCGAAAACACCCACCGAGAAGGGAAAAAGCCUAGAUGGAAACACAAAGUUAUGCCUCGAAUGAGCUACAAGGAUGCAGCCACGAGCCAUCUAAAUGUAUCUAUUAUAGACAGGGAAAACCCUUACGGUAAGAUAACUGCCGAAAGAGUGAUCCUUGUCAAAAAGGCGUUGAUGGGAGAGCUGGACAAAACAAUUUUGUCCGCCUCCGGCAGCAAAAAUAAGCCACCAACAUUCAGGUCUUGGACACACUUUGGUGAAAUUAUCAGAGUGACGUGCGACGAUGAUCUGUCGUUGGAAUGGUUAAAAAGCACGGUACCAUCCUUAAAUACAUGGGAAGGAGCAUCACUCGUUGUUGGAAGGGUGGAUGGGCUUCCCAAGCUGACCAAAUCGUCUCUCUGGGUCCCAGGGGAAGCGCAAGAGGACCUCGAAAAGAAGGAGAUUGUGCUGAGGCGUCUUGAGGCCCAGAACCCCAACUUAAAUGUAGCGAAAUGGUGCAUCUUCCACCAUGAAGCCAAAGUAUAUCCUGAGGGCCAUCUCUUCGUCUUCGGCAUCGGAGACGAAGACAUGGAAACCCUAAAGGCUAAAUCGAUGAGGAUGAGCUAUGGAUUUACCUCAUUGAACGUAAGAUCAAAGUUAGAAAAAGAGACUGUAGCGAGGACCAGAGAAGAAUCCUCUGUAGGGGAUCCUCCUCCACCAUAAGAAGGGGCAAUGGCGGAGGCCGUCUAGCCAGACCGAUGACCUCCAGGAAAACCACUUCCAGAAAACUAACGAGACCUAUUUGAUGUACAGGGUGGGCCACCGGUAACGCUUCGGUUUGUCAAAACAAUUUGUUUUUGAACCUGUUUUCACAGCGAGGGUUUAUAAGAAAAAGGAACAAUUUAAAAAUAAUUUUAAUUAUACAGGGUUCUUCAGGAAAGUGAUACAUAUCAAAGUUAGUUUUUUUUUUUUAAAUGAAACACCAUUUUAUUUCAUAUUUGAAUUGACCUCCCUUUUUCAUUAUAAUAAUACCAAAUAAUUGGUAUUAUACAAGGUAAUUCACACGCUAUAACCAGUUUUAUAUGAAAAUCAUAUUGAUUUCAACGACCUGUAUAAUAUUGCGAAAGGAACAAUUGAAAAACCAUUUUUUCACAGUAAAAUUUUUUAGAUAUGCCGAUGCAAUUAAAAACAAAUCUGUACAGAGUGAAUCAAAAUUCAAAUACAUAAUUUUCCCAUUUUUUAAAUUGGCCACUGUAUUUUUAUCACUAUUUAAAAGUACCCGAAUUAUACAUUCCCUAUACCUAAAGUUA